AUGACUCGCUUGUGUACUUGCACUGGGAGGCUAGCCUCUAAAUUUGGAUUGACCAGAAAAGGAAACCAACUACCAAAGCCACCGUGCAAGACUUGUGGUGGCAGACCAUUUGUACAUCGGAGAGGACCUGUAUCAGCAAGUAUGCUCAGCACAGUGGGCCUGGAACUUAAAAAUUUUAUCGAUCCUGACUUAAGUUGGAAGACGUUGACAAAAGGUAGGCGCUCUAGGAAACCAGCAGCAGGUAGAAGCUUCAAUGUUGGUGCAAAACUGGGCAACAAGAGUGCUAAAAGGGUGUGGGGAUCUUCAGUUUCUGAAUCUGAGAAGCUUUGUGUGGCUGUUCUUGGGCAACACUUUUCUGACAAAGCAGAGCAUGUGCGAAUCAACAAAAGGAGACGUUUGAUUCGAUCCCAAUCAUCACUACCUCGGACCCCUUCUCAACACCAUGAAGAAUCACUAUCACGCCAAGCCCAGACCUCUUCUCCACAUUCUGAACUGAUUGUAGAAGUUGAUGGCAGAGUUAUGGAUGACAAUGGCUCUGAAGUGACAAAAGGAAAGCUUUGUUACACUGGGGACUUUUCAGGUAUAGCACUUCUUGCAGCUGCUGCCUGCAUUAGUAGCAUUGGUGAUGAAGCUGAUAAUGGUAAAGAGGAUCUUGUAGAAGAAGAAUUUUCAACACCGCAAGUUUUUGACUCCUUUACUUCCACUAUACCAUUGGAAGAACCUACCGCAUUAACGGCAUCAGGAAAUCAAUUUCGAAAAGAUUUGGUACAUGAAGAUUAUGUGGAUGCUUCAUUUGUUCAGGACAAUUCUGUGGAUUUUCAAACAAUAGUUUCAGGUGUAAAUGAGGAUGGUAUGCAGAGAGAAAAGUUGGAGAAAUCGGGAAGUUGUGAAGCACGGAGGGAUUCUGAAGUUAUUGAAGAAAGUGAUGUCCAGGCUCCUGUGUGCAGAAUUGUUUCAGCUGAUGUACAUGAAGAAUAUGCAAUUCUAGACCAGAAAGGCGCAGCUACUGGGCCUUCCAAAUCGAGCACAGAGGAACGUUCAUCAGAAGCAUGCUAUGGUCAUGAUAGAAUUUACAUUGAUGAAAAAUAUAUUUGUACUUCAACUGGAUGUGCUCUGGAACCCUUGAGCUGUAAUAGUUCGGAGACAAAAGCUUAUAGUCAUGUUGUUAGCAUAGAUGCAUCCCUUUAUAGUUCUCCUUGCCAUGUAUCACAUAAUAUUUCUGACACGUGUGUUUUCGAGGAGAAGAUGGAUACAGCUUCUGCUAACAUUUCCGUCAUUCAGAACAGUGAUGAUUGUUGCAGAACUUCUACAUCUCGACUUGGCAGAAUUACGUCCUCAGAAAGUAUUCAGCUUAGGAAACAGGAUGUUACUGUCGCUGACGUGCCAGACUCAGAGAAGACCAUUUGUGAGUACAUCGUUCCAAGCAAAGGCCAUGAAGAUUUUGGAAAAACCUAUAGCUUUCCUGAUGUGAUUAGCACAGCUGUUUUUAAACCGGUAGACUUUGACAGUUUUGCAUGUAAUUCAGAUAAGGUGGAUCCUUCCCUGCCUUCACCUGAGUGUGAAGAUUUAUCUGCUUCAGCCACCUCUGGUGUUGGAGAAAGAGAAGGUCAACCCAUUGUAAUUAGUGAUGCAAAGGGCGAGAAUGGCAGAAUUGCUGCUGGUGUUGAUUUUCUAGAGCACAUGGAGCCUAAGGAACUCAUGUCCCAGUGUUCUGACCAUCCUGUUUCUAAUAGAGGGGCACAUGGUGGAUUCAUUUCACUGGAGUCCUGCAAAAGUAAUAUUGAUGAUCCUACUCAUGGCUCUGGUGAGAGUGCAGAAAAUGUGACUCAGCUUCCGGCAGGUUAUGAUUCUCCAUUCGAGGAUGGGGAAUUGAGGGAGUCGGUUUUAUAUUCCUGGGAGGACGAAACUGAAUGUGUAGACUAUGAAUCCGAUAACAGAGGAGGAGAUGAGUUUGAUGAAUCUGAUAACGCUACUCCAGAGAAAGUUGAAGUUGGUGAUGAGGGUUCCCAAAUCGUGGAGAAAGGAACUUCAUUUGGGACAGAAGUUAUGGAAGCAGAUUUCAGUAAGAGCGAGUCGAUGAAAACUUCAAAUAUACAAUUGAUGAGUUAUUUUACUAUAGAUGAUAUUAAAGAGACAGAGAUGGUUGGAAAGGAAGGAUUGAGUGCAGGAUCAAGUAUCCCUAUGGAGCAAUCUGCAAACAUGUUUGUGCAAGUAAAUGAUGGUGGUGCAAGAAAAAGUCAAUCGUCUGAUCACAUGGAUGGCCUAGAUGUCAAAUGGCUAGACAUAAGCAAGGUCCGGUCAAGGACAUCAUGUGGGAAGAAGUUGUCACGUGUUCAAGGACCAUCAAUUGUAGAUAUCUCUCAUAGGAAGGAUACUGUGCGUAUACAGCAUGGCAGAUCCCACUAUCUUGGUGGUUCAUAUUCUCGAGCUGAGAAUGAUUUUGAUUCUGUUAAACCCAUGAGAAAGGAUAGAUCUUCGUUGCAUGAACAUGAAAGAGAUGAAGAGGAGGAUUACUGGAUUGAUUCUUCUGUGGACUAUUGGGAUUCAAGAAAUUCAAGAAGCCGUCAUCCACCUAGUCAUCGUGAUAGCUACACCAAGCCUAGUGUAACCAAUGAUUCUGCUGCCAAUGUUGGUGGAUUAAACUGCUGUGACCACAGAAAGAUUUUAAGUUUUUCCUCAAGAGGCAUGUAUAGGUCACCCAUUAGGAGGAGAUUGCCAGUUGACAGGGAGGAUGAUUUUGUUGUUCAUAGGGACAGGAGCAGGGGCAGGUCUGAAAAAUAUCCGCAAGGGUUACGUAGAUGCCCCAGAGAGGGAUACCAUGAUCAUGUGCCCGAUGAUGGCACUGCAUUGUCUGUUCACAUGCCAUAUCAUUCGGCCAGGAGAGACCGAAGUUUUUCUCCAACAUUUAGUAGAGGUGGUCAUAUUUCUCGACCCUUCAGGAAACCUCGCUCGAAAUCCAGAACACGCUCUCCCCCUGCCUGGCAUUUGCAGAGAGAGCGAAAUCUGGGUACAAGACGUUACAGUAGGUCUCCAGACAUCUGGUCUGACAACAGAAUGCAGAGGACGAGUAGGUCUCCAGAUUUCAGGUCUGACGGCAGAAUGCAGAGGACCAGGUUUAUUUCUGAGAAUCCCAGGAUUGCAAUUGAUUAUGAAGGUAGUUUCGUGUCGCCACCUGGAAGCCGCUUCUCCCCAAGGUGUGAUUCUAGACGGUUUGAUGACCAGAAUUCUGGUGAAGGGCAUUUAAGAGAGUGGAGGUCACCUGUAAGAAACUUUAGGCAGAGCCAAAGGUUUCAUUCUGUUAACUCUUCUGGAAGAUUGAAGCCAGAUGGUUACUUGAGACCCACGGUACGUCCUCGUAGAUUUCCUCCAGUGGCAGGAACUAGUGUGGGAUGCAAGUAUGAGAACAUGGACGAUUAUAGGAGACAUGAUAACAGAGGCGAUACAAUUCAUUGGGUCAAGCGAAAUGGCACUGGUGGUGCAAGGCGGUUUCUGUAUGACGGGGAAGAUUGUUUCGAGGGAUGUAACUCUCAUUAUAAGGAUGACUGCACUAGUAGUGACCGAAGGGAUUUACCUAGGAGUGUCGGGGAACAUAGAAGUUCUUUUAGGUAUAACAACAAUAGGAUAUAAAAUACUGCUUGGGGGUGGAUUUGGAAGAUUGGAGUUGGUAAGAGAUUAUACCUUGGUUGACCAUUUUAUUUUCUUCUUUAUUGUUGGCGUAGUAGUCUUUUAGGUUUAAUUAUGCCUUGAUAUGAGCUAGGUUGCUAGUGGAAAAAUACUGACUAUUCUAUUGUCAUUGUCAAGUCUAUUAAUUUAC